AAAAAGAUCGUUAAAACGGUUAAUGUAAAGGACCUGAUGUUGAGCCGAUUAAGAGGAGUUAAGAAGAAAAAUAAGCGUUUUCAAGUCUACCGGUUUGUCCACUUGCAGGCCAGAAUGUUCUGGUGUACUCAUGGUGAAAAGUGAUCUGAAGACCAAAGAUACAAGACCACAGUAAACAUCAGUUUAAAGAACCCUCGUGUCUCUCGAGUGUGUGAACAAACCGGCGAAAAUCUUCAUCAACACCAACUGGAUGACAGAGAUCUCUCAACCAGUAGCAACUGUCCAGAUGGAAACAGCCACAGGUAGAGAGGAUGGUGGAGCAGCAGAAACUAGAAGAAACCAAGAUCUGAAUUCCUAUGAAGAGGAAGACCGAUGUAGUCCAAUCAGCAGCUCAGCUGACCAGAGAGAAGCAGCAUCCAAUGAAGAGGAGGGUAAAACAGAAACUACCAUGAUCUUACAUCUGAAUAAGUAUGAAGACAAUUCCAACUCUCCAGAGACUGAAGUCAAUGAGGAUGAUGUAGAGGAUGAUGAUAGGAACAAUUCUGAUUCCCAGCUAAAACAUAUAUCAGACUCUGGUUCGAUAACUGAAGAUGGUGAGAAAGACUUGAAGGACAGCAGUGUUUUCAAGUCGGGAUCAAAAACCAUCAACAGACCUUUUAGCUGCUCUCAUUGUGGUAAGCUGUUCAUCAACAACUUGUCUCUUCAGAGACACAUAAAAAGUAAUUCAAGACAGAAGUCUUCAAAUUGUUUGGUUACUAAGAAAGAUCUAAAAGUGGAAAAAAAUGUACAGUCAUGCAGUAAAAAUGAGACCAUACUGAAUCAAUUCGGAUGUGACGGAUGUGGCAAAAGAUUUACCACAAAAGCACAUUUAAAAACGCACAUGCAAAUUCACACAGGAGAGAAACCAUUUGCUUGUGAACUUUGUGGACAAAGAUUUUGCCAAAAGGCCAAUUUAAACACACACAUGAGAAUUCACACAGGAGAGAAACCAUUUGCUUGUGAACUUUGUGGACAAAGCUUUUGUCAACAGUCCAAUUUAAACAGACACAUGAGAAUCCACACAGGACACAAACCAUUUGCUUGCAAAUUUUGUGGACAAAUAUUUAGCCUAAAAAACACUCUAAACAGACACGUAAGCAUCCACACAGGACACAAACCAUUUGCUUGCGAACUUUGUGGACAAAGCUUUAGCCAAUGGACCACUCUAAACAGACACAUGAGAAUCCACACAGGACACAAACCAUUUGCUUGUGAACUUUGUGGAAAAAGCUUUAGACAACAGUUCACUCUAAAUACACACAUGACAAUCCACACAGGACAGAAACCAUUUGCUUGUGAACUUUGUGGACAAAGAUUUAGCCAUCAGGUCACUCUAAACACACACAUGAGAAUCCACUCAGGACAGAAACCAUUUGCUUGUGAACUUUGUGGACAAAGAUUUAGCCAUCAGUCCAAUUUAAAUAGACACAUGAGAAUCCACACAGGACACAAACCAUUUGCUUGCCAACUUUGUGGACAAAGAUUUAGACAAGAGUCCAAUUUAAACACGCACAUGAGAAUUCACACAGGACACAAACCAUUUGUUUGCGAACUUUGUGGACAAAGCUUUAGCCAUCAGUCCAAUUUAAAUAGACACAUGAGAAUCCACACAGGACACAAACCAUUUGCUUGCCAACUUUGUGGACAAAGAUUUAGCCGUGAAACAAAUCUAAACAGCCACAUGAAAAUCCACACAGAAAACGGAGAGGUGGUUUUCAAUGACUCCUAAAACACACAUUAGAAACUACACGAGGGACAAAUGCUGACUGUUAAAUAUUAAGAAAAGUCCUGAAGACUUGUAAGA